AUCUCAGUGAUAAUUAACGUUGUAAUUAAAUUCACGUUUAUCGACGAAUUGUUUUUAACAAAACCACGAUACGCAUAACCAUACAGUUGAACCGGAAGCAUAUCGUGCAAGUCCUAGGAAUGUCGGCGGUCCGGAGAAUAGUUUCCAAUAAGAUCCUUUCGAAAUGGGACUUUACAGUGGCUUUCCGGAGAUGUUUGGCUACAGGGAACCCAAAGAACAUUCUAAAAAGUGGUUCUAGUGAUAUUAGUAUUCCUACUGUUACCUUAUCCGAGUUUGUCUUUGAGAAAGCCGAGAAGUUUAAUAAAUAUACUGCAUUUAUAUCUGGAACGACUGGAAGAAGCUACACAUUCGAACAAAUCAGGAUAAAAAGUAGGAAUUUUUCCAAAGUAUUGCGCGAGAAAUUCAAGUUAAAAGACGGAGAUGUCAUAGCAAUGUUUUUACCUAACGUACCUGAGUACGUCAUCUGUUUCUUAGGAUCAUUGGAAGCUAGGCUCAUAGUGACUACUAUGAAUCCCAUGUACACAGCAGAUGAAAUAGCAAAGCAGAUUAUAGAUGCUUCUCCAAAAUUAAUCGUAACUCAAGCUAAUUUGGUCAGUACGGCUAGAUCUGCAUUAGAACUAACAAAACGACAGCUACCUUUGAUCAUUGUUAAGGAGACGCAAGCGGAAAGUCUGCCAGAAGGUACAAUAGAUUUGUCAGAAUUAAUUAAUACACAUUUGGACGUACCUGAUCUUCUACCAGGAAAAGCAGACGACGUGGCCAUCAUGCCGUACUCCAGUGGAACAACAGGAUUACCAAAAGGAGUUUUACUCACGCAUAAAAACAUGACAUCCAAUCUGACACAAAUGAGCCAUCCGGACUUCUCUUCAGUGGAACCUCCAACAGAUAACUUUCAAGACAUGUCCCCAGCAGUGCUGCCAUUUUAUCACAUAUAUGGCUUAACGUUGAACUUCCUCUUCAUCUGCCAAGGAACUAGAUGUGUAGCUCUUGACAAAUUUACUCCAGAAUCUUACAUAGCAGCCUUGAAGAAUAACCCUAUCAGUAUGAUUUUUGCAGCUCCUCCUCUAGUCCUAUUUCUGACAGCCCAUCCAGAUGUUAAAUCAGAAUAUUUUAAAAAUUUGAAGACCUUGUCUUGUGGUGCAGCACCGCUUGGAUCUCUUGAUGAAGAACGGUUCCUGCAAAAGGUUGGAAGGGAUGUAAAUAUAGUUCAAGGUUACGGAUUGACGGAAGCAUCUCCAGUCGUUUCGUUUACUCCAAAAAACUUAGUAAGAUCGGAAAAGAAUGUUGGAUCAGUAGGAAGGCUUGUUUCCAAUACCACUGCAAAAAUUAUAAAUCCUGAUGAUCCAGAAGGUACACCACUUGGACCUAACGAAAAAGGGGAGAUUUUAUUGAAAGGUCCUCAAGUUAUGAAAGGAUAUUAUAAUAGACCAAAAGAAACCGAAAAUACGUUUUUGGACGGUUGGUUAAGGACUGGUGAUAUAGGAUAUUACAAUGAAGAUAAUAUGUUAUAUAUUAGUGAUAGACUGAAAGAACUUAUUAAAGUAAGAGGCUUCCAAGUAGCUCCCGCUGAAUUAGAAGAAAUAAUCAGAGAUCAUCCAUCUGUAGCUGAAGCUGCCGUGAUAGGUAUCCCCCAUCCGCUAAGUGGAGAAGUACCCAGAGCCUAUAUCGUUCCCAAGAAAGAUAAAACUGUAGAUCUUGAAGAACUAGACCAAUACGUGUCAAACAAAGUAGCCAAAUAUAAGAAGCUCUCAGGUGGAAUCCAAGUAGUUGAUGUUAUUCCUAAGAAUCCAUCUGGAAAGAUAUUGAGGCGAAAACUGAAGGAAAACUAUCUGGAAAAAGAAAUAUAGUGAAUUAUUUAAGAUAAAUGGAUUAUAAGCAAGACCGAACGGCUUUGUAUCGUACACAUUCAUGACAAGCCAUCUCGUAACGCGACGGUUCGUAACCCCACAAAUGGUAAUGCCGUCAGUUCGUCACGGCGACAGUUCGUAACGGUGACAAUUAUUCUUAACUACCACAAUUCGUAACGGUAGAAUAAUUCGUAACCUCAAAAUUGAGUUAUUCUGUUUAUUUUUUACAAUUACAAUUUUUAAUUGUUACAAUUGAAAUUAGUUUUUUAUCAAUUUAUCGAAGCAGAAUCAGGAUAAACAUUUUAACACGUGUCAUUUUAUAUUUCGUUGAGAAAUAUAUUUUUAAAAUUAUGUCUUAAAUAAAUAUAUAAUCUAAUAGUAAUGUAAAUUGUAUCAAUUAUUAUAGUCAAUUCAUUAUUAUUGAACUGUUUUUAUUUGUUUAUUUAUUUUACAGACUUAGUUUUACUACUUUAAAGGGAUAAUUCAAGAUAAAAGACUUUUUUUAAAUUCUUUAGUGGGCAUAUUAACAAGUGGGACAUAAUAUAUUUAAAAAGAAGGGAUCUGAAAAAACUAGAUACCAUUAAUUUUAAAAUGGGAAUGUAUGAUAAAUGCGGUUUUGUAUAAAUUCAUGAAUACUAAAAUUGCUUAAAAACUUAAAUCUUGGCGUUACGAAUUAUCGCCGUUACGAACCGGCAGCGUUACGAAUUGUCCGUUACCAUUUGUGGGGUCAUGAACUGACGCGUUACGAGAUGUUAUGGAACAAUAUGAGGCGGAAAUAUUUACAAAUUUUAUGAUGGACUGUUUUUAUUAAUUUAACCAUGGGCCCUGAAUUGUUGGUAUUAAAUAAAAAUUUUUAGUUGCAUUUUA